AUGUUUGCCCACACACGGACGUUACUUAUGGGGCAUGAUGCAACCCCCAGGAACGCCCUGAGAGGGAAGCCGGCCGGGAGCGCUCACGUAGCAGCGCCGCAGACUGGCCUCGCACAGACGGCCGGCAGCAGGAGACGCAGACAGAGGGGGGGAAGGGACAUCACCAUUUUCAUUACCUCUGACAUGACCUAUGAGCCGAUCCAUCCGCAUCGAUCAGACGCUCAGUCCCAGGGCGCUCAGUCCCAGGGCGCUCAGUCCCAGGGCGGCCGCAGCUCGCCCCUGCUCCCGGCUCAUUCCUCCUCAGAAGUUUUGUGCUUACGGUACAUUUUUUCUCGCUGA